AGGAGACACGCGCUAACACGCGCUUCUCUUACUCUCUCUCUUGAAACAGAAAAGCGAGAACCAUUCCUAUUCCUAUUUUCUAUAGAGUAUAGAGAAACCGCCUCCUCACUUCAUUUACCUGCCUGUCGUUUUUGUCGUAUCAAAAAAGAAACGAAAAAGAACACAAACAUAAAUUAAACGCUUCUCUCUUUCUCUCUCUCUAGUGUUGUGUUGUGUUCAAUGUGUUGUUGGGUUGCUUGGCCUUGUUUAUCAACCAAAUCUAGAGCAACCCAUUUCUGUGUUCUCCCAUUUCAAGGAAAACUCACACCCCCAUUUCCUUUUCCCCUUUAAUCGCUCCAAUUUUGCCAAGAUUCAACAUUUUUUUUUGUCUUCUCUCACACUGCUCCGCUCUUUCAACACAAGGUAUUUCCGUGUCCGUCAUGGGUUUCAUCUAUUCAUUCUCAAAAUGUUUUCUUUUUCGCUCUUCCUUACACUAAAACGAGAAAAGAAGCUGAUUGCUGCAAUCUUUUGUUGAUGCAUCUCUGUCUUCGUUGAUCUGUUUGUGUUUUAACUAUUUGAUAUCACCUCGGGAUUGCUGGAUUGCUCCUAUCGAAUGGUUCUCCCAGGAUCGAGGAUGUUUCAUGGGUCUUUCCUUCCAACUCCUAUGGCUGGAGAAUCAUCUUGGAUCAGCCACUAUGAUGACAGACAAAGGGAGACUGGGGCAUUUGAUUCAAUUUUAGAACUUGGCGAGGAAGGUGAAAAAGAAGCAACUGCUGUUUCUAUGGAUGUAAUUUUACCUGAUGACUUGCUGGAACGAAUCCUAGCCUAUCUCCCCAUUGCAAGCAUUUUUAGAGCGGGCUGUGUGUCUAAAAGAUGGCAUGAAAUUGUUAAUUCAGAGAGGUUUUUGUGGAACCUUUCACAUGUUCUACCACAGAAACCUUGGUACUUUAUGUUUACAAGUUCUGAUGAACCAAUUGGUUAUGCUUUUGAUCCCGUCCUUCGGAAAUGGUAUAGCAUUGAACUUCCAUGCAUUGGAACUUCUAAUUGGUUCAUCACUUCAUCAUAUGGCAUGGUAUGCUUCAUGGACAAUGACAACAGGAGUGACUUAUGCAUCUGCAACCCAAUUACCAAAACCUACAAGAAGCUAGAGGAGCCUCCAGGUUUGAAAAUUUCUGAUUACAGUGCAUUAUCAAUCUCGGUGAAUAGGGAGUCUCGCGGUUAUACUGUGGCAAUUGUAAAAUCUAAACAAGUCCCUGAGAACUUUUUCCAGUGGGAUAUCUCAAUUCAUGUGUACAACUCAGAAAAUGCAACGUGGGUGACUUCUAUAACAGAGGUUUUGAUGGGGUGGAGAGGUGGUGACGAAAGUGUGAUAUGCAAUGGGAUGCUAUACUUUUUAGUUUAUUCAACUGGUGGUGGCCAACCGGAAAACCGUCAUGCCCUGAUUGCAUAUAACAUGUCCAAUCGUUCUUCUCAAGGUACCUUAACAAGGAGUUUUAUUCCAGUACCAUGUUCUCUAACAUGUGGCCGUCUGAUGAAUCUGAAGGAGAAGCUUGUAAUGGUGGGAGGAAUUGGCAAACCAGAUCGACCUGACAUAAUAAAAGGAAUUGGUAUCUGGCUUCUGAAUGAUAAGAAGUGGGAAGAGAUUGCUCGAAUGCCCCACAAAUUCUUCCAAGGCUUUGGAGAGUUUGAUGAUGUUUUUGCUAGCAGUGGUGCAGAUGAUCUGAUAUAUAUUCAGAGUUAUGGAGCUCCAGCGCUUCUCAUAUUUGACAUGAGCAACAAGCAUUGGAAAUGGUCACAGAAGUGCCCCGUGACAAAAAGAUUCCCGCUGCAGCUUUUUACUGGCUUUUGCUUUGAGCCUAGACUUGAAAUUGCUCCAUAGUUCUCUCCUCACAAUCAACCAUUGCCACUGAGAAUUGUGUCCAAGGUUUCUGCUCAUUUUUCUCCAUUGUUCUUUAAGUAAAAAAUUUAAGAAGAUUUCAGUGUUUUCACAGAUCAUACAAAUCGUUCUUGCUGAUAAAACUGCUUAUUCAUGGAUAUUGGAAUAUUAUUAAUAGCAUUUGAAAAUACCACAGUAUUUUUUUUUAUUA